AGCGUUCAUUUAGUGGAGGGAGGAGGGGGCGCGCACCGCGGAUCACACGCCCGCACUGAGAGUCUGCGCGUCAUGAGCGGCAGCGGCUGCGGCUUCUUCUCCUCCAGCGUCCCCACAACGAGAGGUAAAAUGGCUAAAACCCGGCCCUGGCUGCUCUGCGGCUUAGUCCUGGUGGGACUCGCCGUCGUUGCGCUGCUCGUGUGUCUGCGCAUCGUCGUGUUCGUGGACAGCGGCUGCUCCAGCGGCGGCUUCAGGCGCGCAGCUGUGUCCGCAGACUCGCUGCGCUGCUCAGAGAUUGGCAGGGACAUGCUGGAGCAGGGGGGGUCGGCGGUAGAUGGCGCCAUUGCAGCUCUGCUGUGCACGUCCGUGGUCAACCCUCAGAGCAUGGGCAUCGGAGGCGGCUCCAUAGUCACCGUGAGGAACAGAACAGGAAACGUCAAGGUCUACAACUUCAGGGAGACGGUGCCGCGCGCGUUCAAAGCGGACCUGCUGCAGGACUGCCCCGCCUCCUUCCGGCUGUCACCAGGCAGCCAGUGGAUCGGCGUCCCCGGGGAGCUGCGGGGCUACGAGGCCCUGCACAGAGCCCACGGGAAGCUGCCGUGGGCCAAGCUGUUCGAGCCCACCAUCCAGCUGGCCAGGAGCGGCUUCCGCAUGCCGGCCUACCUGGGAGCGAUGCUGGAGUCCCCGCUGGUGAAGAGCCACGUGCAGAACUCGUCCCUGUGCCAGGUUUUCUGCAACAAGCAAAGAACGGUUCUGGGCAAAGGCGACGAGCUCAGGUUCCCCGCGCUUGCAAAAACCAUGGAGACCAUUGCAGAGCAGGGGGCAGAUGCUUUUUACACGGGCAAGAUAGGACAAGACCUAAUCCAAGACAUAAAAGCUGGAGGUGGAACUCUGACCGCAGAGGAUCUGAAGUCGUUCCGGGUUCGGGUUGACGAUGCCUGGACCGUCCCCAUAGGAACCGGCCUGAUGCACCUCCCUCCGCCGCCUGCUGGGGGCGCCCUGCUGGCCUUCAUCGUCCUGCUCAUGAAAGAAUUCUCCUUAAGUCCGAAGUCUCUGGAAGGAGACCAGAAGAUCCAGAUGUACCAUCGCUUCAUAGAGACGCUGAAAUUUGCCAACGCCCAGAAGAAAAGCAUCAGUGAUCCUGUGUUUAAUACCAAGAAGAGUGCACUUCACCUGCUUGACGCCUCCUUCAUCAGUCGCGUCAAGGAGGCGAUUUCAGACGGCGUCCGUGACAGGUCCCACUACGGCCGCGUGAGGCCGACCUCGGACCGCAUGGGGACGACCCACGUGUCGGUUCUGGACGAGGACGGCCUGGCCGUCUCCGCCACCAGCACCAUAAACGAACUCUUCGGAGGAGCCACGUUCUCCCCGCGCACGGGCGUCAUCCUCAACAACGAGCUGACGGAUUUCUGCGGCAGAGCGGACGCGGUGACGGCAGGUACGGUCGCAGACGCACACAGAGGCCUCGGCGCCAGUCUCAGCCUAACGCCGAGCCCGUUCACGGUCGCAGGUGAGCAGCCCCCCUCCUCCAUGACCCCGGUGGUGCUGGAGUCCGAGUCCGGAGGCGUCCUUGUGAUCGGUGGAUCCGGAGGAAGCAUGAUCGUCCCCAGCGUUGCGUUGGCUCUAAUAAAUCACCUGUUGCUGGGGAUGAACCUGGAAGAAGCCAUCGCUGCUCCUAUUGUGUUUGUUGACGCCAGGAACGACGUGAACUUUGAGUCGGGCUUUGACAAGUCUGUCAUAGAGGGACUCAAAGCUCUUGGACACAAAGUUGGAAACUGGAAGUACUUUUUAAACGUAGUCAAUGCGGUGGAAAAGGAGAACGGCUGCAUCCUGGCUGUGUCCGACCAAAGGAAGAUGGGAACAGCAGCGGGAUACUGAAAAACAGAACCCGGGAGAACGUUCUCACCAGAACCCAGCGUAAGCCUGAGCCUCCAGCCUUAAGAAAAGACUGAAUGAAAUGUGAGCUCCAUCAAGCUGCAGUUAAAGCAUCAUGUUUUAAACUUCGAGCAUCACUGUGUUUUAAAAAGCUACAAACGGAAAAGAGGCCAGAAACCCGAGGAGUCAUUUGGCAACUAAUUCUGACAAAACCGACGCACAACCACGUGACCGAGCCCUUGGACUGCUGAUUAUCCCUCUGAGCCACGUAACCCUCUAACAGUGUGAAUGAGAUAUUGCACUGAGCUGAUGAAGAUGUCGUAUGCUGUCACCUGAUGAGGGAAAUGUAACUGUGACCUUAAAUUUUUUAAAGCUAUAGAAUUUAUUUUUUAUAAAACCACAAGUAAAAGAACCUCACUUUACAUUUAUAGUAUCUAGUAGUUAGUUACAGUAACAUGUCGUACUGAUUUUUGUACCUUUUUAAUAUCAUACGUGUAACGUUUUGUAUGUACUUUUAUAUUUACAUGUCAAAAAUAAAACAAAAGUAGUCACUUGUCUUAA